AUGUCGAAGUACAAAGGAAACUUCUCCCACAUUCAUUUCACCUCUGCCAAUAUCACAGCUGAUAUGAAAGUCGAUGUCGAAGAUAUCAAGUUCUCAUUUAAUGCCUUCGUGAAGUUGGAGGGUUCCAAAUGCAUUCUGUCUUUCGAUGCGAUUGAAGCAGCCGAGAUGCAAAAGGUUAUAGACGCAGCAGACCAGAUUCGGCGGCAGAGAAGAAAUCCAUGA